CAUUUUUCUCCGCCCAUCAGCCUUGGGCGAGAAACGGGGAGAGGGAAAGAGAUAUAUAUGUGGCGCUGGCUUGGGUACCUCGUCAGUGCGUCCUAUUCUUCGGCGGCUAUUCGCAUCCUUUAGAGUCGGGUCCCGCAAAAUGGCAGGCGGACGAGACUGUGCGGACGAUCAGAUGCAGCGCUGGAAAGAUCAGCGCGGCUCGCAGAAAGCUGAUACUUUGACCACGGGAGCAGGAAUCCCAGUGGGAGACAAGCUGAAUGUCAUGACUGUGGGUCCACGAGGUCCCCUCUUGGUUCAGGAUGUGGUUUUUACUGAUGAGAUGGCACAUUUUGACCGAGAGAGGAUUCCUGAAAGAGUUGUUCAUGCCAAAGGAGCAGGUGCUUUUGGGUAUUUUGAAGUGACUCACGAUAUCACCAAAUAUUGCAAAGCAAAAGUGUUUGAGCACAUUGGUAAAAAAACUCUCGUCGCCAUUCGAUUUUCUACCGUUGCUGGUGAAGCAGGUUCAGCUGACACAGUUCGUGAUCCUCGAGGCUUUGCAAUGAAGUUCUAUACAGAAGAGGGCAACUGGGACCUUGUAGGAAACAACACUCCCAUCUUCUUUAUUAGAGAUGCAAUGCUGUUCCCAUCGUUUAUCCAUAGCCAAAAAAGGAAUCCACAGACUCAUCUGAAAGAUCCAGACAUGGUGUGGGACUUUUGGAGUCUCCGCCCUGAGUCUCUGCACCAGGUAUCCUUUCUGUUCAGUGACCGUGGUAUUCCAGAUGGACAUCGUCACAUGAAUGGCUAUGGAUCACAUACUUUCAAGCUAGUGAAUGCUGGCGGAAAAGCAGUGUACUGCAAAUUUCAUGCAAAAACUGACCAGGGAAUCAAAAAUCUCCCGGUUGAAGAGGCAGCAAGGAUGGCUUCUGAAGAUCCUGACUAUAGCCUGCGUGAUCUUUAUAAUGCUAUCGCUCAUGGCAAUUAUCCAUCAUGGACUUUCUAUAUUCAGGUUAUGACUUUUGAACAAGCUGAGAGAUUUCCUUUCAAUCCUUUUGAUUUAACUAAGGUUUGGCCUCACAAGGAUUAUCCUCUCAUCCCUGUGGGAAGGAUUGUCUUAAACAAGAAUCCAAUCAACUAUUUCGCUGAGGUUGAACAACUUGCUUUUGACCCAAGCAACAUGCCCCCAGGAAUUGAACCUAGCCCUGAUAAAAUGUUACAGGGGCGUCUUUUUUCCUAUCCAGACACCCAUAGACACCGCCUGGGACCCAACUAUUUGCAGAUUCCUGUAAAUUGCCCAUGCCGAGUUCGAGUGGCCAACUACCAGAGAGAUGGGUUCAUGUGCAUAUCUGACAACCAAGGUGGGGCUCCAAACUAUUAUCCAAACAGUUUUACUGGCCCUGAAGAGCAACCCAAUUUGAAGGAGACCCGUGCAAAUAUUUCAGGUGAUGUACAGCGCUUCAAUAGUGCAAAUGAGGAUAAUGUGUCUCAGGUGCGAGACUUCUAUACCAAAGUGUUGACAGAGGAAGAAAGAGCAAGACUCUGUGAAAACAUUGCUGGCCAUCUUAAGGAUGCUCAGCUUUUCAUUCAAAAGAAAGCUGUGAAGAACUUCACUGAUGUUCAUCCUGACUAUGGUGCACGCAUUCAAGCCCACUUGGAUAAGCACAAUGCAAAAGGUCCCAAAAAGGGUUAUGUACACACUUAUACCCAAACUUCAGAUCAAACUGGAAAGGAAAGAGCCAAUCUGUAAAUGGCAUGAUCUUGGAUUACCUGCUGAUUAAAGCAGAAUUUCAUGAAACUGACAUCUGAAAAAUGAUACAUGCAAUGCCUUAAUAAAUGUUUCUGCAUUUUCUAGAAAGAUCUUUUAAUAGCAAGCAGUAACAUUUACAUUUGUAUUUGCAAUUUUCAAAAAAAUCCAAAUGAUUACCAUAUAAGAUGAAGCUAUGCUAGCAGUAACUUUUAAGUGGACUAUAUUAAGUGUGUAACUGCAGUUAAAUUUUAUUAAGUCCUACAGAUUUAUCAACUAAUUUGUUUUCUAAAUGAUAUUUUACUUAUUUACUAAAGAGAGUUUACAUAAUGCUGGGAAGAUCUUUAUCUUUUACUGGCAGUUUGAAGAUUCUCAUAAUAGAUUUGCUGCACUCAAUUCACAUCCGUCCAAUUAUAGAAAAUGAUAUAUGUGAAACCUUUGUUAAAGUUUCCAUUUUAAAUAUCUUUUAGGUUAGUGGCUAACUCAUAAUUUGCAUUUAUGAUUACAACUAAUCCAAAUUACACAGUUUAUACACUGAAACUAUUCUAGCAAUAACUUUUAAAGUGGAACAUAUGAAGACAAUGGCUACAGUAAGCUCUUGUUAAUCUUCGCAAAUUAAAUAAGAAUAUUCCUUUCUUUAUUCAAAUUGAUCUUGCGUUUAUUCACUGAAGAAAACAGUCGAAAUGCUCAUAGAUCUCUAUUUUUGGGGCGAUUCUGCAGGUUUCAUCAUAAUAGAGAUACAAACUUUACAAAGAUCAAAUUUUAAGAAAGGCAUGCCAUCAAAAUGCAACCUCAUUUUAAAUGCUAAACUACAAUGUCUGAAUAAAUAUAAAACCAUUGCUAAAUUUCUUUGGGAUUAAUGUACUUAACUGCAAAUAUUACAUUUUUCUGGUGCUAAAACAUAUCUUUUUGUUGAUUGCAACAAUGUAUUUGUGUUAUUUGAAGAUAUAAUCGGGAUCAUAAUUACAACACUCUUAAAUGGAAUUAUUAUAAAUGUUAUGUAUUUCAUCUUUAUGUUUCAAUUCUAAUACCUAAUAAAAUCUUAGAACCUUUUAUAGGCAUUUCCACUUAA